CCUCUCCUGUGGCCGAUGAAUGCAGACCCGCCGCCUCCGCCCUGGGUCUGGGUGGUCCCCGGCUCGGCCGGGCUGCUCCGUCUGGGCGCCGGGGUCGCGCCCCAGCCCUUGCUACUCGCUACAGCCCAGCCCCCCGCCGCCCCGCUGCUCCGGGGGCCGCCCGGCUGGCAGGCGCCCGGCGAGCCGCUGCCGCCGCUGCUGCCGCUGCCCUCUGCGCCAGACCACGCCGCCGCCGCUGCGCACCACCUCCCCCUGCUCCACGGGCAGUGGCUCUUCGGCGGCCCCGCUCUGUCCGUGGGACUGUCCCCCGCCUCCGCCGCGGAGCUGGUGCCCCUCUUCCCGCACGCCUGCCUGGCUGCGCUGCCGCCCGCCGUCGGGAAAAGCUGGCCGCACAAACGGAUGCCCAGUUGUAAGGUCUUGGUGGACAACGCCUUGGCCCUGGACUCAGCGUGGGUCUGCCCCGAGGACUCACGCGUGUUCCACGUGUAUGAGAAGCCCCCCUUCCUGGCCAGCCCCGUGGCCCUGCCUCUGUCCGGGCCAGCUCCUGCCCGCCGGCCGCUGCCCGCCGUGGUGUUGGCGCCGCAGCCCCUGCCAGGAGGUUGCCACAACAGCCUUAAGCCCGUCGGCACCAGCCCCGCCAUCGCCAUCGCCGCCGCUGCCGCUGCCAUGGUCUCCGUGGACCCCGAGGGACGUGGGGGACCGUCCCCCUCCCACGAGCACCCCUGCCACUUCCUGACGCUGGCGCCCAUCAGAAUACCCCUGCGGACCACCCCCUUCUCUGAGAGAGGCAGGGCCGGGGCCCGCACGCCCUGCCCUCCUGGCCUGCUGCUGCCCGCGGACAGGAAGAGCCCGGCCCGGGGCGAAGGACACAAGGAGGCUCCGGCGAUCCUGGUGGCGGGACAGGACGGCGCGGCCCGCGGCAGCAGACCGGUGGCCUCCGCCCCGGUGCCCGGCUCCCCCUGGUGCGUGGUCUGGACGGGCGACGACCGGGUCUUCUUCUUCAACCCGACGAUGCAGCUGUCCGUGUGGGAGAGGCCCCUGGACCUGCGACACCGCGGCGACCUCAACAGGAUCCUCAGGGACCCGCCGCACAAGCGCAAGCGGGACGCCGCAGCAGCCGACCCCAGCGACCACAGCGAUGGCUCCGGUUCUGAGGACGGCAGCGAAGACCCGACCGUGAGAACCAAGAGGAACCGGACGGAAGGUCACACGAGUCCCGGGCCAGAGGACGCGGAGAGGAAGGACCGGGGCCCCAGGACGCCGCCGCCGCCGCAGAUCCUCCCGCCGCUGGAGGAGCGGGUGACGCACUUCCGAGACAUGCUCCUGGAGAGAGGGGUGUCCGCCUUUUCCACCUGGGAGAAGGAGCUGCACAAGAUCGUGUUCGACCCCCGCUACCUCCUGCUGAACUCGGAGGAGCGGAAACAGAUAUUCGAGCAGUUUGUCAAGACGAGGAUAAAGGAAGAGUACAAGGAAAAGAAGAGUAAAUUGCUGCUAGCCAAAGAAGAGUUCAAGAAGCUUCUGGAAGAAUCGAAAGUGUCCCCCAGGACCACGUUCAAGGAGUUUGCCGAGAAGCACGGCCGGGACCAGAGGUUCCGGCUGGUGCCGAAGAGGAAGGACCAGGAGCACUUCUUCAACCAGUUCGUGCUGACGCUGAAGAGGCGGGACAAGGAGAACAGGCUCCGGCUGCGCAAGAUGAGAUGA